AUGCUGGAGGACCGAUCCAGCCGAAUCUCCGAUCUCAAGCUCACCCGAAGCGGCGGGAGCUUGUACUCCAACAUGGGCUCACCAUUCAAGCCGGUUGAUACGGAUCCUGAAAAUGGCGCGUUGCGUGAAGGAGAACCACUAUCUUUGAUGUCGAAGGAGUGCGUCGGGCUUUUGGCUCAGUACGCUGGCGUCGGCUUCUUGGCGGGCAUCAUCCCUGGCGUCAUCUACCCCGUGCUUCAAGGCUACCUCAACGCAGAGGCCACAUCGCCACGGACCGAGCCGUUGCAGCACCCCGGGUCGCUGCCCCUGCAACACCGCAACGGCAUGCGUCGGAGGAAGAUGAGCAAGAUCCUCGCCAUGAAGAGCUCCAGGGUAAGCGAGCGCAAGCACCACCAGCAGAGCAGCAAGGAGGCCAUGGGAGAGGCCGAGAAGAUGCAGCAGCACCAUCGUAGUGGGCAGCAGGUGGGCAAGAUGCCGCGCCAUACUGCGCUGUGCAAGCUAUACUAUUUGGUGGGCGAGGACGCGAAAAGUGAUGUGGUGCAGCUGAAGAUGCCGUCCGUCGCGACGGAGGCAUGCCUCGUGAGUGCGGAGCGCGUCAAGUCCACGCAGGUAUCCGGAUACAUCGUUGCUGCCCUGUUGUCCAAGUCGGCGCUGCCGCCGCCGUUGGGCUCCGAGUCGAGCGGAAACGCGCGCACCUUUGGCUGUCACCGUGAGCGAGCUUGGCUCCCGCUGGCAGAUGUCUACGACACCUCCAUGGUGCGCGUCAGGCGGUGCCUGAGGUCCACGCAUGAGGAUGCGGAGCCCGACGAGGUGGGCGCACAGUGGAAGAGGCUGCGUCGGACGUCACGAAGACGCGUCAGUCCUGUCGCCGGCGCCGCCGCUGCUGCUGCUACUCCGUCUGCUGUGACUGCUUCCCGAUCAUGGGCUACCGCCGUCGUCCGUACAUGGUCAUCGGCUGUCGUGAUUCUCUUCAUCAUGGCGGCCAUGUCUGUCCCCGAUCCGUACUACGGCGAUGCGUCCAUGCACAACAUCGACGAAGAAGAAUGGACUCCGGAGCAGAUUGCCAGCAUCAACGAAAUCGCGUCGAGCUCCGCUGGAAAGUAUGUGGUGCCCAUGAUGCUUGCGUCCUUCGGUUAUCUCCUAUAUGAGGUGGCAGCUGACGCUAUGGUGGUUGAGUACGCACAACGCGAGCCCAUCGAGCAGCGCGGCCGUGUCCAGACUGCUGUGUACGCCGUCAAGACCUCGUUCACCGCCCUCGGCGCCGCUCAGCUCAUGCUGAUCUCGGGUAUCAUCUGCGCGCCGCUGGUGUUCGUGUUGUGGUUCUUACUCCACGAAGACCGCAUUGUGGCGUACAAGUUCUUCGCCGGUGUCUUCAACAGUCGUGUCGUCGAGCAACAUUAA